GAGAACUCACCUCCCUCCGGUCAGCAGUGAGGCUCAUCUGCACAGAGGCAGGAUAACUCCAGUAAAGGGGGAUUUCUAUGAAAGUGAGGACUCUGCAUUUUGGGGCUUUUAUUUUGGAGUCAGAUGCCAGUGGUGCCUUCACUUAUCUCUCAGGAAAAGGAAACACCUCCUCCUCAGUAUGAGUGAGGACUGCUCGUGGCUGGUCCUCCUCCUCUGAAGGAUGACAGGGAGUGGAUCGUAGUGGAGUGCUGCUCCCUCUCCGGCAGUCCAGCAGCUACAUCAGCUCCUCCUGCAACCCCUCGCUGCGUCUCUGUCCACAUUAUGGGAUCCUAUCCAAGUGUUUUGUGACAGACCAGGUCCAGAUCUGCAUCUGAACCCUUUGCUUCUCAGUGGAAACUUUGUGUUCGUCAAACCUGUGCAGCUGAUCCAGGACCGAGGAUCUGCUGUUGGUGGACGGUCCAGCAGUUUAGGGUGUAAAAGAAGCAGUCGUGGAGAUGGUGGCUAUUUGAACCCGCAGUGAAUCAGGAUGGAGCCUGUUAAGAGAGAUAUGGAGCUGCUCAGUAACAGCAUGGCGACCUACGCUCACAUCAAAGCAAACCCAGAGAGCUUCGCCCUCUACUUCAUGAUGGGCGUCUGCUUCGGGCUUCUCAUGGCGCUGUGCCUCCUGGUGGCAGGCAUCGCCUGCAGGACUCGCCGCCGCCCCAGGCCUCCCCCUUCCCCCGAGAGGAGACAGCUGAAGGAGUCCAGCGAGGAAGAGGAGGAUGAGAGUAUCGCAGAGGAGGAUGUGGAAGAGGCGGAGAUUCCUAAAAUGACAGUGGGGCCCAUGAGCGAUCGCAGCAGCCAGUCGAACGGUACUCUGAGGAGCGUGAACGUGUUCGCGUCAGCUGAGGAGCUGGAGAAGGCCCGACGCCUGGAGGAGAGGGAGCGAAUCGUCAGGGAGAUCUGGAGGAACGGGCAGCCGGACAUCCUGGUCACAGGGACGGGGACUAUUGGACGAGUGCAUUACCACUAACGGACGCUUUGACUGUGCCCUGAAAAUCCACCUUACUGACUGCACAGAGCAGGAGAUACACUGUGCAUUGGGUAGAAAUCUGCAUCAUGACAACCCAAAGUGUUCAGUAUUAAUAGAAGGGACUGUAUGAAAAAGAUUCAGGUGAUGAGGGGGGCUGGAAAUAAUGCUGGUUUUUACCCAGUCUACCAUCUUAGUUUAGCAUGUCAACAUUUGCUAAAUAGCAUAAAAAGUCCAGCUGAGGCUGAUGUCAUCAGUUGCGCAGAUGUUUAUUCAUAAAACAAAGAACUGGAUUAAUUAAAAAGCACAAGAUGAAACGGCAGCAAAGUGAUUACUCUUCAUCCUAAGUGGGAACCAAAUUUCAUGGCAAUCCAUCCAAUAAUUGUUGAGACACCAUUUUUUGUGCCGUCCAUAUAGUAGAUGCUGAGUUAUUUUACUGGGUAAGUGAAAGCUUAGACCUGCUAGAGGCACUAAAAGAGUCAGGAGGCCAUCAAAGUCUGUAGGAGUCAUCCUCUGGGGACCAUGAGUGUCGGGACAAAACUUCAAAGGCGAUGCAUCAAAUGGUUGCUGAGAUGUUUCAGUCUGGACCAAAAGUCAGUCCAGCCUACUUUUAGCUCAAAGGAAAAUGACAAUAGUCCCCCUUUUCUGAGCCCCUUGCCCCAUAAUUACUUUCCUACAGCCCAUAAACAAAUAAUGCAUUAUAAAGUAAGUAAUUAUAUGAAUAAAUACAGACAAAACAUGCAAUACAUCCACGAUAUUUUCAAACAUUUCAAUACAUCUUUAAACCUCAGCUCAGUGUUAUAGAUGUUAUUUCAUUUUGCUUUUUCUCACGCCUGUUCGUACCGACUGAAAAGUGUAAAAAAAAAAAAACAGUCUUUAGUUAAAGUUAGUUAAAGUC